AUGGUGAAGGAGAAGACGGUGGCCUUGGAGCGCGUGAAGAAGGUGACGACGAAGGCCCUUACUGAGAUGUACUCGAUGCCCAACGGGGAGCAGGAGCAGGAUCCAGAGGGGGAGGCGAGUGGAGGCGAGAGCGGCGAGUGGCACUCUGAUGGAGAGGAGGACGAGGAGAGAGACGACCCAAGUGAUGAAGAAGAGACCGGGCAGUCGUCAAAGUGCCCUCAGACGUCUUCUCCAGCGCCGACUGAGAAGGCACCGAAACAAUCGAAAGCUGCGCCAUCAAAGCCGCAGAAAGCCUUGCCCAAGAUCAAUGUGGCCAUUCCCACUGUUUCUGGUGCUGCUACCUCCGAGACUUCCGCUUACAAGAAUGAAGAUAAAGAAAUGGAAGAUGCAGUCACCUCCAAUCCGGCUCCUCCCCAUGUCAUCGAUCUUCCAGAUGACGACGUGGAUGUGCCGCUAAGGCCCCAGGGGAGAAGAAACAGGAAGGCGUCAGCUGGAAAGACACCUCAGUCUGCAUCGGCGACCGAAACAGCAAUCCAGGAAGGUGGCAAUGCCAACCGGACUUCUAAAUCUUGUGAACUUGGAGCUCGUUUUGCUGAGCUGGAGAAGAAGCAGAUUUAG